AUGGGAGAAUUCGGAGAAUCGCGAAAGGGGUACUUUUUGAAUCGAUUUGACUGUUCCUAACACGAAGUUUCAAUGAAGUGAUUCUUUUCGCGGGCGACACAAUGGAUAGGUGUUAGCACGCACAUGCUAUUUGGUGUGAAAAGUGAUAAUUAUUUUGAUAUUUGUAUUUUCUUUCCCAGACAAAACUUGGAAACCAUCAUCUCAAAGCUUUCCAAGGAACAACCGAACGGUAGACGCAAUAGUUUCAUGCUGGUAAGUGCAUUUUCUUAUAAACUUCGGACGCUUCGAUUCGAUUCGCAUCACACUGCCUGGUCGAUCUUGCGUGUUUUCAAGUGACACGCUUGUUUGGUAUGCAUGACUAGUGUGGGGCACUUUAUUGUCAAAUUGUGUGAGUUUUAGCCCUGUAAACUUGUUGGAAAGCCCUCAUCAAGCAGAUCGACAAGCCUGGCAGAUAUUUACGUAACUUUGAGGCGAACUUUUGUGGUUUUUAUGGUUUCGUGUCUUCGCUAGUCAAACUAUGAUUGAAGCCCUUUGUAGUUCACGAUAAGCAGGCUUGCAUGUAAAUGUGUGAAAUGAAUCGCGUAUUUGGAAUACCUCCUAUUGGUAAACUGCCUUUGAAGCUAACUCCAGAUUGUCGGAAGGCUUUACACUUGAAAAACUGUUUUUCCAAGUAAUGCAAUUACCGUGAGAACGUACCAAAAUCGCCGUUUAGUCCUGCGAAGUGAUAAAAAUCGACGGCGGGUUCGGGCGCGGAGUUUGACCUGAUGAGCUCAUUUGUACAGUACAUGAAUUGGUUGUUCCAGAGUUUCUCAGAGGCCCAUGCGCUUGAUUCGGGCUACAAACAAAAAGGGCCGCUUUCAUUCGGAUGCAAAUCUGCAAAGGAGUCUUUUGUGAUCCUUGAAUUUGAAUGAUGCUUCAAUGAACUGGUACAAGCAAAUAACUCAAUAUGUUUUCAUUUGCCCUGCGCCGCGGAUGAAAUCGAAUAGUAGUGUCACUUUGGCAUAUUCAUAACAUCGUAUUGUUUCUUACGCCGAGUGCGUUAGAAGGCUCUUUUUAGAAUAUAAACAUUAUCCGUUUUUUUUUGCACACGUGCUUUCGGCAACGGGCAUGUGGUGUAAUUUGUCUAGAUGGUUUCGGCGUUGAAAUUUCCUCGCUGCGAAGGGCUAGGUGUUGUUUACCACCGACCCUCAAAAUUGAUUGUAACACUGAUCUAGGCGACAUGCAAAGAUGAUUAACCCAAGAAUUUCAAAGGCCAGGGAGCUUAAUUCGCACUGUCAAAACAUGCGUAUAUUGACCUACAAAAACAAAGCCGAAAUACUGAUGGGGUGAGUGACUUAAUUGUGGCAAAUUUACUACAUCUAUGAGGCUUUAAGUCGACUUCAUAUUUCCAAGUGCUCUGGUCAAAACGGCAGAGGUAUACCAAGCAGAAAAUAUGAUAUUAUUCUUCUUAAAAAUCUCUUUAUUCAGUACUAUUUACUUUUUAUUUCACUUUUGGGUCCAUAGUUUCCUUGCUUGUUACAUUAACUCAGAGUAGGGAGACCAACCUUUUCAGCAAACCAGUUGUUUGUUGUCUAUAGAUUGGUUACUUUUACAACACACUUUUAAGUGUCUCUCCUUACAAAACGCAUUUUUUACCUCCGAAGUUUUCACUCCGUUUUUAACUAAUUAGGAUCUGUAUCUGGGGGCGUACCCAGCCCAUAGACCUGUAGGCUUGGGCCUACAAAUUUUUGGUUUGAUCACUCUACUGCUGGUAAUAAAUAAUGUGUGGUUGGGUAAGCUAAAAUGCGUAACAGCUUAUGUUAUUGGUGAGGUCAGUGCGUACUAGUCAUGAGUGCAAUUUUCAGUAUAAGUGAAAAAUAUUAAUGAAAGUCAGCCAGGCCUACAACUAGUCGAAAAAACGGGCUGGCUACGCCCCUAGUAUCAGCCCUACCCAUAAAUUUGUGCCACCUUUCAAUGAGUGUUGAACCAACACCUUUGGGCCUCCUCCAGGUACAUAUAGUAUUCUCUACUGUUUUAACUGCAAAUUCUAUCAAAAAAAUUUUUAAUGCAAGCGGUUAUUCUUAGAAAUUACAACAGAAUUGGUUAAAUCUUUCUCUUAAAGUUCAAAGAUAGGAAAUUUCACUCAUUCACUUUCAGAAGUGAAACUGUUAACAAUAAUAUUGACAAGCAAAAUGUCUAUUUUUUUUUUUUCUGAGGAACUACCAAGUGUGUCUUUUGAGUGUCAUUUUAAUGUCGCGGGUGUUCAUUCGAGGCUGGUCGCUAAUUAACUUUUUCUGCCUUUAGGAUGGGCGCUUAUUCGAGGUGGGCGCUAAUUCGAGGUUGGGCACUUAUGUGAAUAAAUACGAUAUUAUCAUUAUUGUUAUUAAUCAAAGCCGUUCUGAUGUUUAUCAGCUGUUUUUGUAUAUUUAUGUGAUUAAACGCCCAACCCUAGGAUAAGUGCUCACCUUGAAUACCAAAUAAACUUAAAUAAACACUUCCCUCAAAAAAGCUCUGCCUCCCCAGUAAAAUCAAAAUUGAAAGACAUUAAUUCUGUUAAUUUAAUAUGGAAAAUGAUGACACUGUAGUUAAAACAAAUCUUUUUUACAUCCAACUUUUAAAUAAACACUGCUUUCAAAUAAGCACUGCCCUCGAAUAAGCAGUGCAUUUGAGGUGUGAAAAAUUUUAAAAAGCUUGUUGGAGUUAAUACGGUAGCUGCCCGCCCUACUAUAGGUAGGAAACUUGAUACGCAACCAGCCUUGAAUAAGAAAAAUGAUCUUACUACUGACAAUGACAUGGACAAUGAUUAAGUACCACUAGAAGACUUCCCCAAAGACCAAUUUUUUUUGUUAAGUAUUUUAAAGAAACUUUAAUUGAAAGGCUAAAAUUCUGCUAUGGUACAUCUCCACGUUUUGUGACAAUUUAUUGUUUUGUUGCAAAACAAACUUGUUACUUGCUGAAAAUGGUGGAAAUUUAUUAAGCUCAGCCUCGAAUGGCACCCACCUAAAAUAAGCGCCCACUCUCAAAGCCCAGAAAUUUAGUAAGCAACCAGGGUGCUUAAUCAAAUAAAUACAGUAUGCAAACAAAUCCCAUAUUGGCCUAUGCAUUUCUGUUACUAUCUUUGAUAGUUUGUCUCUAGAAAGUCCUGGUAACUUUUCUGGCCUGAAGCCAUUACUGUUAAAAUCAAAUUUUAAAAGGAUACUUUAGUUAGUGUGGUUCAGCUGGCUAGCAAACCAGUCCAUUUCAUUUUGUUAAUUGAUACAGUAAAAAACUGUGUGUAAGAAGCAUGUGAUUACAGAAUCUGCUGGCAGAAAUUUGCCAUUUUAAUUACCAAGCACAUAAGAACCUGUUUAGCCAAGCAAUAUCAAGCAGGUUCUUUUAUACAUGCUACAGUUAACUAUUUAGCGAUGGGGUCUUACUUUGAGAUUAAAAAUUUACAUUACAAGAAAAUACUGAGGAUAUAUUCAGAUACAUUGUAACAUUUCAUAAUCAGUCUUGUCAGGCUUAUCAUGAUACAGUUGUGAGUAAAUACUGUACAUUUAGUUUAUUCAUUUUUUCUCUUGAUUAACAUAAUAUACAAUUACUAUAUUAUUUCUUUUUACUGUAGUUUUGUCAUAUGAGAGGGAUUAUAUUUAGAAACACAUUUACUGCACACAGUAAAUGUCUUACCACCUGACCAACUCAUGUCCUGUUAAUUGUAUUGACACAAAUUAGUUUCAUGUCAGGUUUAUAGUAAGAAAUAUUUUAGGCAGUUUUUAUCUGGCUUCUCAUUUGAGAAACUGUCAACUUGAAUCUGAUGUUUGUCAAAAUCUCUCUAUUACCUUCUCUAUUACAUGUAUGUAAACGAAAACAGCUUUUCAGCUUUGGUAGUACUAAGACUUUUGAGAAACUGCCCUCAUGCACUCGAUAUUUUUGUUCUUUUUUCAUGUUUCUUUUAUAUAUAUAUAUAUAAUUUGCACAGGCUCUCUUGCCAGGAGAAGGUGUCUAGGUUUAGCAUGCUUCCAAUCCCCUGUAACGGAACCUCCCUUGCGGUUUCACACUGGAAAUUAAGGAUGGUACUUAUUGAUGGGUACCGAUCCAGCCGUCUCAACCAAAACAAGCCAUUUUCCGGACCGGUUCCAACUUUACUGUCUUCUUCAGCGGAAUUUUACAGUGUUAGCUUGUCCGGUCGCUUAAGCGCCAUUGGACUUAUUCCAUUAACUGUGUCACAACUUUUUAUAUACCAUAAAUUGACAAUUACGUGUAUAAUACUUUCAUGACAAUGGCAGUAAAGUGGGUGGAUAGAAAUAAUAGUGCCAUUUAACCAUCAGCUGCUAUUACCCUCGAAGCAACUGAUGCUUUAAGCUCUUUCUUUUUUUGAAACAGGUGACGAAAAAAAUAGCAAGAGAUAGUCACAUUUAUUUUACUACUUUGUUCAUUGGAUUAAUUUUCUGAGCAAUUUAUCUGAAUUCUUAGAAUGUUUUCAUUUUCAAAAGCACCCCACUUGCACUUUACGUACCAAUAUGACAUGUAUCUUUUGGUGUCAAGAGCUGUGAACUCUUCAGGUUAUGGCAGAAGCGGGUAACAUAUAUUCUAAUUAUUGUUGAAUCACUGGGAUGAGUUAAGGGCAACCUCAAUAAGGCUCUGAAUGACCACAGCUACAGCCUGCAAAAGACAGCUGUUCUGGCCUCCGCACAUAUCUUGCAACGAUUUUUAAUUUGCUAAGCUUAGAGAACUGGCUGUACUCCACCUAGUGGAUUUCCUGCAGUACAACAAUAACCUGCAUGUACUAUGAAACUAGAACAUAAUAAUCAUAAAACACUUGGGGAUGAGCCAGGGUUGUCAAAAGUAGCCACCUGCCGGCGAAAAUCGCUCCCCUACUUGGUUAGUAUCGGCCGGCUACUCUGCUUGGCAUUCUUUACAGAUGGUGUUUUUUAAAUAAAAUAUCCCUGGACUGCCCGCUCACUUUGACAAUUCAGCUGUCUACUUCAAAACUUUCUGACAACCCUGGAUGAACAUUGCUCUUUUCAAACAAACAAUAAUGGUUUGGGGGCAUCUUUCUGCCAACUGUUGCUACUUAAUUUGCACAUGAACAUUUGGAUAAUACGUGUAUGUUGAGAUAAUAAUUAUAGUAAUGAAAAAUGUUUAUCAAGUCAGUGCUUUAAGAAAAAUUAAAGAGAGCCCAGUGCUCUGAACCUGUGAAAUCCAGGGUGCCCAGCAUAUAAUUCAUGAGAAGAAAGUAAGAUUUUCAGUUUCCUGGGGCAAAAGAUAGGUGCCUGAUGCCACCAGGCACAGCUAGAGCACAGUCUUGUUUAACCCUUUAAGCCCCAAUAUCCACAUACAAAUUCUCCAAACUGAUCUCCAUACAUCUCCUUUAACAAUUAGUUGAGAGAAUUUGAUAAAAGAUCAAAGCAUUUUUUCUUUGGUGAUCAUUUUAUUAAUCCUCAUAACUUUAUCUCUUGACUGUGUAUGGAUAUUGUUAGGAGAAAAUUGUUGUUGGUCACUAUUGGCACUUAAAGGGUUAAGGAACGUCAAGCACCAAAUUCUUUGAAACAUUGCAAUUUUUAAUUUCAAAAGCAAAUUCUAAAUAUUUCUGCUAAAAUAAAUGCAAUCUUUUUCUGGUCUGAUUAAUGAAAGCCACUCCAUCUGUGCACCAUACAUGUAUUAAUAAGUGGAAUACACUGAGUAUUUUGACUGUAAGUCUCAAAAAGUGAAACCUCUAAACCAAAAGUGUCAUCUGACUUGACUGUUUUCAGCAAAGAUGGGUCCACCAAAAAGGUAAUAACAUUAGGCUAUAGCUCUUUAGAGUUGCAACCCAGAAAAGGGAUGCAAUAUUUUGCCCUAACAAGCAAGCUGAGGUAAUAUUUUAUAUUUUGAUGACUAUAGGGACUCACAGCAGAUUUCAAGAUAUUCUGGCAGAAUUUGAAAGUAAAGGACUAGCAGCAACAAAGAUAUUGCGUGAAAGAUCUCAAAGGACACGCCUGAUUGAAAAAUGUGAGUUGUUGCCCGUCUUCCUUGACACAAUUUUAUGUUAACUCAGAAUGUCAGGAACAAAAAAGGUGUAAAAUAAAUAAAACAGGAUCUCUGAUUUUUAUUUUUUAGCCUCUUCGGAAAUGUUGGGUGCCUUCAUUAAUUCCAGCACUCCUAGGAUAAAAAUCUCACGCUUAUAUCUCAGAAAAAGUUGGCAGGUAUACAAAGAACAGGCUUUUUUAGCCUCUUGGGUUACAACAUGCACAGUUAACCUUUUUUGCUGAGUACACUGUAUAAAUAAUUUGUAGUUAUAAUUGUUAUGCAUUUUAAGUCGACAAUGGCUUCAAGCAAAUUUCUAGGUUUAAUUACAUGUAUGUGGUGGCUGGUCACUUUCUUCUUGUUAGUUUCAGUUAUUUUUGUUGGCAUUAAUCAUUGUGAUUUUCAAGGUUAAGGACACAAGUAGUAGAAUUGAACACCUCAGCGACUUCAGCUAGCUUACUAAACAAAUGAUUUUUGGAUGUAUAAAAAUUUAAGCACAAUUUAAGGCUGGUACAGGAACAUUAAUAAAGAUAAUAGUUUAAAUUCUUUGAUCAAAGUAAUUAAUUAUUGUCAGCAGGAUUUACUGAUCUGUUGAAAAAAUACUUAAAAAGUACCAAAUCAUAAUACUGACCUCAUUACAAAGCCCUAAUGUCACCUUUAAAAUGCAAAAUAAGUUUUGUGCCACAAUUCAUUUUUUUUAAAUUCCCCGACAAAAACUCUAAUAUAUUAUUACAGAUCCUGAUUACCGUAAAGGGGAAAUUCUUACUAACUGUGAAAUGUUGUGCACAAAUUUCUGUAUUCAUGCAUAUGUUCUCAAAUUAAAGUUCUCACUUAAUACAGUAUCAAGUUAAAUGAACAAACUUUGAUACAGUAUAUUGUAAAUUAAUAUUAUUUUUUUCCCGUAAUUUUAGCCAUCAAAGAAAUGGGUUAAUGAAUUUAUUCAGCAAAUUUUAAGCUCAAAAUUUUGUUUAGACACUUUUAUGUACAACCCUUUUCAGGAUGCAAAGUAAUGAAAUUGUAUAUACACCAUUUAACAAUCAAGUCCUUGUUAGUGAAAACCAUGCCCUGUUGAGCAACACAUACACUGUACCAACUUAUGACAUUUAAAGUAAUGCACACACCCCUCCUUCCUCCUCUAGGUUUCCAUUACACUUGUCAAGUCAUGCACAAAGUACUUAUUUGCUACAAUUUUUUUUGCUUUCUCCAUUUCCAGAUCUCAGGGAUAGAUCACUCAAAUGUUAUGUUUCAUCUUGGCUCUGGAGGAGGUUUGUUGAUCACUUGCUUUUUUUAUCCUUUAGGCACUGUGAAUUACAUGCAACCUGCAAGCAGUGGUUUCUAGUUUCUGGCAUGGCUUUUAGCAUUUGUAAAGUCAUUCCAGGGGGUACUACUGGGAAUUCUUGGUGGGGGUUCUCUGAAUCCUGACCAGGUAUUUCAGACCAAAAAAUGUCAUUUCCACACCCGUUUAAGACCUUACGUAAGCAGAAAAUGUGUCAUGUUUACUUAGAUUGCCAACAAAAAAGAUUUCUUAAAUCCAUUUCAAAUUUGCACAUUAGUCAGUCCUUUCUCAUUCACUUGGAAUUGAAAUGAUAAAUAUGUUCAUGCACUGCUGUAGUUCCCUUGAAAACCACACUGGUUCUAGACCAAAGUAGGCUAAGUCUAUACUCGUUUUCGGACCAAAAUGGCACAAAAACAUACCCUUUAGGGCAGCACAUAUUUAUAUGGGUUACAUAAGGGAGUAGCUCCUUGGGAGUCAUUCAUGAGGCAAGUCAGUUACGUAUUAGUUAGUUCAUUUUCAUGCCAUGCAAACAACUUUACAAAUACUAAGAGCCAUGCCAGAUAAAAACCUCUGCUCGCAGCGCACUGUGAAUUGAAGUUGCAUCAAAAUUCACAUAUUUACUAGUAAACAGAUAAUUUGCACUGAUAUCAGUUUACACUAUAAAAUAACCCCCCUCCAUGCUCAAUGAAGGGUUUUUUGGCUUGGCCUACCCCUACCCCUCACCACCACCCCCACUCCCCCAUCGCUGUUGAAAUGAUUCCGGGUUGGGUUAACACUUCCCUUACAAAAUAAAAAUCAAAUUGAAAAAAAAAUCUUACUGACAAUUCCAUAAUCCUACAUAGCUGGCAGCUUCUAUUUCAGACCAUAAAGAUUGAGAACUAUGAGAGAGGACCUGCCUGUGUGUGCAGAACACACACUAACACACAAAAGGAUAUUUACAUAAUUUCCCCUAACUAUCCUUGCUACACAUUUUUCUUGGGCAAAUGUUGUCCGGAAAUUUGCUUUCCAUUUGUUUGGUUUUUUUUCUGUUUGUUUGUUUGUUUGUUUUUAAUUUCUCAAAAAUCUGGAAAUUUUGGUCUAAUGGAAAGUGCCCCUACAUUUGCUUCCUGGCUGAACUGUGAAUGGUCUCUUAGUUUUAGGAUAAGUUUUUAACACUUGAGUGGCAAGUAUGAUAUGUGAGUGUCAAAGAGUGAUGAGAGAAGUGACUGUGAGGCUGGGUGCCAUUAAUUACAUGCAAUUUAUAUGGGUCGUCAGAAAUUUGUCUCUUGUAUGUUUUUCUCGAUCAACUAACUACAUUGAAGAGAAGGGAACAGCCGCUCAUAAAUCUAGCUAGAGAAAACAGCCGCCAUUUCCCAGAGAAACGUAUUAUUUUAUUAUUUAUUAUUUUUAGUUCAGAGUAAACACGACUUUCGCCAAGAAUCUGUGGGCUUCUAUCUGCCCGAAUAUUUUAUUAAAGAAAUAGCAAAAACUGAGCUAUUUCAGCCAGCUGGUCAAUAUUUAGGGGUCAAACGUUCUGCAGACCAACUUGCUUUUAAAUUUAAAAUAAUUGAUAAAGGGUUUUAACUCACCUUUGUUUAAAUGUGGCUACAACUCUGGAAAGAACCUAUCAGGGGAAAAUGGCGGAUUUGAGUUUGCCGCCGGAAGAACACGGAGGGGAUGACGGGAAGGUUACUUCCGCUGUGCACACUAUUAGAAAAGACAGUUAUGGGGUCGGGGGCUGGUGGGGGGCAUGUAUUUUAAAAAUUGCCCGUCCCCGCCAGUCCGCCCCUUACCCAUGGGUAAACUACAAGUGAAGUAACCUUUACCAUCCAGAAAAUUUGUUUGAAGUACUAAAUGAAGUCCAUGAAACCUACUCCGUAGUUACUUCUCCUUAAAGUGCUUACACAGACUUUCAAGAUAAGGUUAGAACAGGCCCCAGUGGUGGGGGAUACUUCCCGGUAUCCAGUCACUUCGUUCCAUGGUCAGAUCUUUCCAAGCCAGAUCGUUCUGCUUAAUAGUUUUAACAAUAUAGUCAGAACUUUUCCCGUCGCGAGUCUUAAAGCCACGAGCACAAAUAAGGACGUUAUUACUCAUUAGUAUACCUCGUUUUUUUGUAGCCAAGAAGCCAAAAAAGCGCGCCUCGCAUCGAGCCUGUUGCACUGAAACUGUGGAACGAUCUAACUUUUUAAAGUUAGAUUGUUCGAUGGCUUGGAACAAUCUGGCCAUGGAACAGACCGUGAACUGAUACUCCUCAGUUGGUAUGGAGUGAGUCCCGAUAGCCUGCGAAGCAAGCGUUUACCAUUAACUUAUUAUACGAAAAUUGGAGCGAGAGAGUCGAUGGAGGCAACAAUCAAAACCCAGAAAAAUCUCUGGACCAAAAAUUAACUCCCAGGACACUACAUCUUUUGUACAUGCCGAAUUUCCGCCUCAGAAUUCACUAAAGCAAAAGGGAAUUCCAGUGACAAUAAGGCCAAGCGCGCAAUAAACACGACGGAUGCAAAAUCACUAGAUGAUACACAGCCGUGCUUGCCGAAAAACAGCCGCGAAAGCCUGAAACUUAGCCUGCGAACAGCAGACGCAUUUCCGGUCGUCGCUUCUCGAGGGAGAGAAGCGACGACCGGAAACGCGUCUGCUGUUCGCAGGCUACCUGAAACUGGAAUGAUAGGUGGUUUUUUAACACGAAUUUCCGUUCGAACAUUCCGACCCCACCCAGUGUGAGAUCCAAGGGCGACAACUGACAGGUCACGUGCUCUCUUUACGCGUUUUAUUUGUUGCCGACUCGCAAACCAGUCAUUCGUUCGUUUGCUCCGGUCGCUUUACUUUGCACGCAAGAGCUCUAAACACAUUGAGAUGGGAAGGGAAUCAGCCUCCAACAUACGCUACGUUCUCAAGUAUGCUUUUUACGGUACGUUGGUUUUAAUUAAGAGACUACUGUGCUGAAAACUGAUCGAGAGUGCUUAGGAGCUUUCAAUUCCUGGUAAGAGUCUCCUUCCUGGCGCACUCUUGAUGUUGCUUGAGAUGGUAUCAGCUAGUCUGCUCAGUUAGACUGGCUAUAAUUCGGACCAAAUCCUUAUAUGUCGGAUGCUGCUGCAAUUCUGUUCGUUUGUUUUAUAAUUGAAAUUGUUUCUCUGUACCUUUCGGACCAAGUUCAUGGAUGUCUGAAUUUCCGGCGUGGUCAUUGUCAACCAUAAUACGAUAGCGGUGUCAAAAAAUAAUUUCCGUCUCCUUCCAAAGGAGGAAUCCAUUUCACCGGCACAUGUUGUCGAGGCUGUCAAUUACUCGAUACUGUAACCUUCGAUCAUGCGUUCUUUUCAUUUUUUUUCAUUUUCUUUUUCGUGAGCGAACACCACUUAAAUUUCUUAAACGACCGCGACCCCUGAAAAUUGGUAGACGAAGAAGAAACCGGCAAGAAGAAACAGUUUGACAUAUUCUUUUGUUUUCUGUUUCCGGUCAGCGACCACCCGGCAUGAUCACGUCGGCCCGAAAACUAUGCCUGAGUGACCAGGGCUUAUCAGUCAAUGUGAUAUAGCCUAGUUGUUCUACUUUUUCUCGACAAACAAAGGAAAAGACGAUCUGAAUCCUUGAUAUAACACUGUCGAGUUCUCUAUUUAGCACGGGGCAGAAAAUUUUUGCGACAGUUUAUUUUUGCGCAUUGCAUUUUUUUUUCUUUUUUUUUUGCGUUUUGCGAGAACUAAUUUUUGCGAUUAGGACAGAUUGGUUUUUCUUGCUGAGAAUUAAUUUUUUCGAUUUUCAGAAAGUACCCAGUACCCAGCAUUGAUAAUAUUUUCGUUUUUACGUACGUGCAAUAGAAAUACAUAUUUCCAAAAAAUACUACGGUAUGCGUACCCUAUGUCAACAAUGAGAAGUUAUGUUUUGCUGGUCUGCCGUCUACGUAGUUUCCUUUGAAUUGGCAAACGACCUACCAAAUGGCUCAUAAUUAAUCAGAGAUUUGCUCAAUACCGGACUUGUCUCUGUAUUUAACGGGAACUCUAACCUGGGGUAUUCACCUGACCUGUAUUUGUCAAGCAACCAGGCUCCGCUGAUUUUCGCUCUCGCUCGAAAAGAACCCUUGAUCGUAGUUCGUCCCGUCUCUGCCGUGUGUCUCUUCCACACGUCUCUGGCGUGCUGGUCAGCGUAGCAGCUGCCAUUUAUUUUUGUUCAAAUUAAAGCCCGCGCGAGGGAACAUGCGAAGGGGAGAGGAUGCCUCUUCUCCUUUUCUCCCCUCGCACGUCCUCGAGUCUUCUUCCUUCGCGCUAAAAAAACAAACCGGCGCCUGCUACGCAGGGGCUGUUCUUAUAUUUAGAUUUUGGAGAGCUGGUCUUUCUGUGGCUGAUUACUGUUUCGGCCAUUUGUAACAUUUUAAUAGCCCGCGAAACAUCAUCAGCUGAUGUUGCCGUGACUGUUCGAGUUUUAAGCUGAACUGCCAGCGGAGGCUUCUUUUCGCUUUCUCGAUUUUGGUGAACUCCUAAAAGGCUCCGCAUUACUGAAGUAAGAUCCCUGUUGAGCAUUCUCUGCAUUUUUCUUACCCAGGCUUAAUAGUCGUGCCCUUGGUACAGUGGGCUCAGUUUUGACCAUCGGUUUAUCAAUAAACAGGUGCUGGCACUAAAAAAAAUUGGUUGGAAGAGAAAAGAAGAAAACAAGAUUGACUAGUCCUAAAGUUCAGGCUGUGCGAUUCGGGUAGAACUUCCUUUUUUCCUUCUCGAUCAAGAAGACAAAAAAAAGGAGGCUUUGUUAUCCCAGCUGGUGACGCACGGCUGUUUGACAAAACUGAUUUUUUCAAGCGUGUUUUCUAAAUCUUCUUAUGUGGAAACGCUUCCUUACGUCCUUGCUACGCAGGCUAAAACUUUUACCGCCAGUUCUGUGUUGUUUAAAAUUCUUUGUCGCUUUUUAAUAUGUCGUUUAGGUGCUAAGGCUUUGUCUGGGCCUAAUUAACAUAAUAAAAAGCCUUUGUUAAUAUACCUUGUUCGAUAUGUCAAAUUCCUGAAAUGUUGGUUUUUUCGUGUUUUAUCGUACUAUGGUAACUAGUUUUAAUAGCGAGAACAACACUAAAGAAAAAACAAUGAAACCAUAAGAGAUGGCCUGUAGUUCCUAUUUUUCAUAUCCAUCUUUAUCUUUGUUAAUGACGAUUUUUCAGCAAACCUUCAUCAAAGACAUUUGCAUUCAGCUGUCAAACUGAAUUUUUAAUUUCGUCAUCACACUUCUCUGAGAGUCUUUUUCUGAAAUAUGAAACACGUAGUUGCUUUUUAGAUACAGCAAUUACCGGGGAAAAAGAAAGUAAUCUAGUAAACUUUUAGGCAGAAAUGCCGUUUUCCGUGAUCUUCGCUACUUGGUUUCGUCUUGGAUGGGAGCUUUAUUAUUACGAAUUGAAAUAUGCCAUAUGCAAAACCUAUUGUCCAGUGACCAAACUCAAUUGUUGGGCGAUCUUGUGAAUCUAUCUGUUUGUGCACGCAAGUCCUGAAAGAAGUACAAGGGUAAAAAGCUUAUAUGGUUCCAAUGCACUGCUAUUAUCUCGAAAAUCUUGCCUCAGGUAGGCGCUGUUAAGUUAUGUCUCUUAAGUUAUGUCUCUAGAUCAUGAUGUAAAAUCGCUGUUACACUUUUUGGCCUGCGAGAUUUUUCCGGCUUCCUGGUAUUAAUUCGUGUGGUUUCCUGGCGUCCUCGAUGUUUGUUUGGUGUCCAUCGAUCGAUUAUAUCAUCCAACGCACCAAACCAGUUCUCAGUUUUGUUGUUAUUCCUAUGACAAUUCGCUAAUACUGUAAUGCCAUUUUCCAGCUAAAUUUUCUGAAAAUGAUCGUUUGUUGUCCUUAUUUUCGAGUGUAUUAGCAUAUCAUAAUUUGAAUUUAUCGGCAGUUUGUCUGUAGCCCAGGCUACCAAACAAAUAAGUAAAAUUUCGUUGCCCGCCAUCAAGAGUGAAUUUUUGAGUUUACAGAAAUAGUUUUUUCAACUUUUAAUUCUCAUACCAUAUGAAUGAUUUUGUCCGGAUUCAGCUUUGCAACUCGUCGACCUAGUCCGCAAACUCAACGAUCAACACUGCCACAUUUUCAUUUUGUACUCGAGUUGUGUAGUGAUUAUAAAUGACAGGAAAAAGAAAGAUGUAUUAUUUGUGACUAGCCAGUGAGAUUAUACUCUGAGAUUAGGACUUGAUAUUCUGCUUCGGACAUUUUUAAAACGAAGUAUUAGUCACAAACUUAUUUACUACAAUUCCCUGCACUCAAUUUCUAUAAUAAUUAUAGCUUCAAGAAUAAAUUAUGAUCUCGAUCUUUUAUUCAUACGUGGUGCUUGAAUUUUAUACGUCGACUAGUUGACCCAACGUAUAGACCGGGUGCAUUUCUGUUCAUACCUGUGGCUUUAACGUAUUAAUAAUUAUGGGAACAUUUUUGAUUCGCCGGCAAAUUAAAACCAGCAGAUUAUAUAUAAGAGAAUUAGUCAGGGGCACCCAAGAGGACAUAGUUCAAAACCACUUAACAUAGCAUUGUUGAACGUAUUUUAGUAUUCAAACGGUAGAUAUAGGCAUAUUUUUAUCCCCCAAAAACUUUUCAUCUGUUCGGAUUUCCUAGCUGAAAGUCUAGUGAUCCGAAAAUUAUAUGGAUAAAAACUUACCUUCCAGCCAGGAAAAGGCUCCCUAAAAUUCUAAGUGGCCUUUUUAGGGUCAAGAUCCGCUAAAAGUGGGUAAUUAUACCAUUUUGUAGAUGUUCGAAAAUCCUAGGAGAGGCGGGCAAGCAAGAAAUUUUACAACAAAUGCUCCGAAAAUUCUAGAUCUCAAAUCGUCUUCCGAACAGAUAUUUUCCCGAAAAUUGCCGUUGGGUGCCCCUGAUUAGUCCGGAUCAACGUUUGAAUGCGCCCAUUAAAUAACGGUCAGGCCAGACAUGUAUUCCCUCGCGACUGUGGUUCACGCAAAGCGUCCUGGUGUUAUAUACGCGUGUAGAUAGGUCUGUGGCAGGCUCGUUCCCAGUUGUUUAUAAGGGUAGAAUGAUAGAAUGCGACUAUUCUUACCUUAUAGUGAUCAUGUCUUGGUCAUUACUUUGACCUAAGGGUCCAGGGUCUUUCAAUAAAAUUUCGAACUGUAAUCUUUCAGCGACACCCAACGACCAACGACCGUUUUCUCUAAAAUAUCUGUUCGAAGAAUCAAAUAUUGCCUCGAAUUUUCUAUAGCUUGAGAAUCGCUAAAAAUUUCUCGAUGGCUGUUCUUUUUGUACGAUUUUCGAAGCUUAUCUAGUAUAUAUAUUCCCUACGACUUACUGAAGUUUAACCACGUUUCACUUGCAGUUUAAACGGCUAUAUUUCGAUUUUGAAGAAAAAGAAAACGUAAUAUUAUUGAAUUUGAAAAACUGAUGGAAAGAGGAAUCAAUAAAAUCAAAACCCUGGUAAAGCUUCAAAUUGCAUCUUAAAUUUUCGGGAAAAUAAUACUAACGUCCUUGUAAUUUCGAAAAGAUUUAAGUUUUGCUAGGAUGACCGAGCAGAUACAAACUUUAAAGCGCAGCUUAGAUUGCAUUCAAUGAUCUAAACGUACUCUGGACAGCCUAAAAAGUGUUCACAAUGUAUUCAGGAGGAAAUCGUCGUUGGGUACCCCUAACCUGUUAAAAGAAAUAUAGUGAGAAGCGCUUUUCCUGUGAAGAUUUAACUACCUCAGUGGGCAUGGGCGCUAAUAUAAAAGUGACGGGAAUGCCUGUCGUCUCGGCGCUUUUGGGGUGAUUUUUAAUUACAGAUUUUGGUCUCACUUCCAGUUAGGGUGUUUGGGAUGGAAAGCUACUGUAUUUGCCCAUUCAGGUAUCGCUUAGUACUGUGCAUAGGGAAAUUUACAACUGCCCUGACACUGACAACACAGAAAUGUCCCUAAAGGGCUCAGUUUAACCUUGAGGCACACCCACAUUGGUCUCCCUUUGGGGUUUAAUUUGAAUUUUCCGAGGAGCAUCCGCUUCACAUUUAUAUGGCAUCCAGAGUGGCCCCCCCCCCCCCCCCCUGUUCCAAGGGUGGAAAUCCUCGGGCGCGUGAGGGGUCCUUUUGCGCUCUGGUUCCUGAGUAUUGAUCUCAGCUUUUUCCCACCUCUUAGGAAAUGAGUCUGAUGGAGAGGAUGCUGAACCUGACCUCUUCCAAUGUGGCAAAUGCAAGCAAAUGUUCAUCAGUUUACAGAAAUACUUAAAACACAAAGCUGCCAAGGAUUGUGUUCAACUUCAAGCACAAAGGGUUGUCACCCCUGUUACUAACGGAGAGGUAAAUUAGUAGAACCUUACUAGGUUAUUUUAAGGGGAGGAAAAAUCGUGCCAAGUAUGUAAAAUAGCGGAGACUUUUCCUCCCUACUAUCAUUAGAGCAUCGAAAAUUCCCCUAGACCACCUCCAUAGCCUUGGCUUAUUCCAGGCAUUCAGACAGUGGGAAGGGUCCCGGAAUGAAGAGCGCAGAAAAAACAAACAAAACAAAAACGCGGAAGAAAGGAACGGUGAGGGAGAAAGUGACGUCUUUAGCCUGCGUAGCAGGGGCUUGGAAGUAGUGGGCACAAGAAAAAACGGGCGCGCCAGAAGGAGACACGCGAGGGGAGGAGCUCCCUCAUCCCUCGCGUGUCUCUCUCGCGCGCCCGUUCUCUCUUUCACCCACUACUUCCAAGCGCCUGUUACGUAGGCUAUGCUUUUUUCUUGUUCACUUUUGUUUGCGCCGUCUCCACUACCUGAUGAUCGCCUGGAGAAGGCUACCGUAGCCUAGCAAUACACUACUCUAAAAACUUUGCCGAGUGAGAAGACUGGGUACCCAUAUUUAGUACUGAGAUUACUAAGAUAGUUUGUGAUUGGACAAUGGUUGUCAUUGGAAACCAACGACCUUUCAAAACAAUUAGUGACCUAAGUGAAUCCAGCAUUCCCAGCGUAAAAAUUCCACUUGUUUCCAGUUUCCACUCAGAGUUCUGGAGCGGCAGAUUUGCUAAAGAAAGGAAAUGAAAUUACAGUCAACUCUCGCCUUGCGGACAUCCUGCUAUAACGGACACCCCGAUAAUACGGGCAGCCGCUAAUUCCCCUGCAAAAAAAGAGAUGUUUGACUGAAAUAAACUCCCGCAAUUACGGACUUCCGCUAAUGAGGACACUAACUCAAGGUCCUUACAGUGUCCGCUAUAAAUGGAGUUGCCUUUAUUUUAGUUAGUUGGCAAUUGAAGCCAGUUUCUGAAACAGCUUGGUUUUUUCUCCAGAGCCUGGACAGUCCUGAUGACCAAAACUCUGCCCAUAGCCCAACUAAAAGGUACGUUUUAACACGGUUGCUAUUGCCUUCAUCCAAGACGAGCUUUGGAAUAAUAAUUUGGAAGAAUAUUUGGAGGGUCUCAGUCCUGCCUUGUUUUUUUGCCUCAUGGUUUAUUUUUCCAAUUUCAGCCUCUUUCCCAGACUGUUCACAGUCUCCUAUUUUUAAACUAGGAAGUUUCACGUUGUAGUCGUGCAGCAGCCGCAAGGAAAUGUACAAAAAAGCGUGAUGCACGUGCAGAGUUAUUAUUUGCCUUAUCAAACUUAUUACUAUUUGCCGUUCUCGUUGCUGUCGCCGUAGUCGUUGGUUAUGCUCCCGAGAGUUUUUUCAUGACAGAAUUUUUUUUUUCGUUUCUGCAGGAAGCACGACAGGAAGGGAGUAGCAAGAAGAGUAUCAAACUUCUCAUCUGAAGGUGAAUCUGUGAGUCCAGACAUCCCCGUGGUCGUUCCAGAACAAACGUACACUGUACCUCCUUCGGGUCCGUUUCCUGUCCACAUAGAAGCUCCACCCACGUCCAACUACCAUGACUUCUCCAAUCCUGUAGUUAGCAUCUCGGUCGCUGAAGCCCUCCGCUCGCACAGUCCUGUUGUGGUUCAACCGACACCAAACUUCCAGAUGUGGAAUGGCACAGUAAACGAGCAACCGGCCGAAAAUGCGCUUGCUAACCAGUCCACUAUGGCCACUACCAGUGUGUAUGCACCGCUGCCUCAGUCUACCCCUGUGGUAAACCCAGUUCCUAUAACGACUCUUCCUCUUCACCACCCUAGUCAGUCAUCCCAAGGCCCCAAUCUUAACCCGCCACCUAUGGAACCCCCGCAGUGGACUGGGCCGAGGUUACGAGGGAUGCCUGCGGAAAUUCAGCCUUUGUCUGCUCCACCCCCACCCCCACCUCCAAUUCAUAUGACAAGGAGUAAGAAUGCCCUGGGACAGCACCCACCACCCCUGGUAGUACAUCUUAAGGACCGAGGUGUGUAACCAUGGAUACUAUCUAGAUGCCAGUUAUUAUAAAGUUUAAGCAACGACGUUUUUGAGCGACGCACGUCAACCGGAAGUGGACUUUUCGCACUCUUCAGCCGUGAAUUUGAACAAAUUCUUGGGAAAAACCUUUCUUUAAGAGUAAAGACACUUAGGAAUACAAAUUUGGUAGCGUCACGAUACAUUAAAAGAGAAAAACGCUCACUUCCGGUUGAUGUUCGUCGCUCAAAAACGUUGCGGCUUAAACUCAAAGAAGCUAUGUCACGAGGUGUAGCAAAAUUCAAACCGUGGGAACCGCCACAAAACCGAGUGAAACAGAACCAACCGGUCAAAAAAUGAAAUAAAAUAGAAGUGUGAAUAACACGUCCUAUACAAAAAGAGACACGGAUGGACAAACUUGAAGAAGAUGGAAACGGAUUGCAAUUGUGCCUUUUGAAAAUUUGUUUGCCUAACAGUUUAAGAGACAAGUUUGUUUGACACAGUGCUAUAGACCUCUUUUAUAAUGAAGGCCUAUUAAUAUUUUCUUUACGCGUAUGAUAAUAGACUUUUUUAGCUUGUAUGUUUUUGUUUUCCCAUUUCAGGCCACGUGAAUUGGGAAAACAAAACAUACAAUCUAAAAAGGCUCAUUAACCUUUCUGACCUCGUUUGAAAGUAAGAAUUCCUUUGUAUAACUAUUGCACAUGCUAACGAGGUCAGAAAGGCUAAUUAUCAUACAUAUAAAAGAAUAUGUUAAAAGGCCGCCAUUAUGAAAGAGGUCUAUGAUUUUGUUAUUCAAAAGUAAUUCAUCAAGUUCCAUAGCAAAUAAGGGCGCGUAAUUGACACUAUUAACAAAAUGAUGACACCCUUUGGCACAGCACCUCAGCCCCUAUAUAAAACGGCGACGUAUCAGGUUGUUUGGAGUUCUUCAAUAGUCCAUUUUCGUAGUAAAAAAUACCGCUGAAUGCAAACACUAGUGACAGACUGAUAAAGGGUUAGCCUCGUCCCAAAGUUAAAUAUUUACAAAUACUGGAAGAAAGUUGCCCGAAAUUAAAAAAAAUAAUAAACAGUAGAAAGAGUGGAUCAAGUUAGGUUUCUAGGAAACUGCCCACCUACCCCUGCCCUAACCCAACAUUUUGCCCCAAACGUAAAGUAAUCUUUAAUGUUGGCUUAGGGGAGGGGUAGGUGGGCAGUUUUCCCGUCUCUCGCGCUUUUCCUGCUUGGCUAAAAGGAACGAAAACGACGGCUACGCUGGCUAAAUCAGGGAUGCCGAGAGAUGAAUUCAGGAAUUGGUCAGGUGAGGACUCAAACGCACCACUUGGCCACGGUGCAUCCUUAGUUUGAAGGAGGCGAAGCUAACGGCUAACGUCACUUCCCACUAAAGUAAUUAUUAUGAACUGAGGCAACGUCUUUAUCACAGCGUAAUAUUAGUCUGGUCAUUGGACCUGCCGGGGCUCAAACCCGCGACCUCCGCUUAACAGACCUAUCGGCACUCUACUAACCUGAGAAAACAGUCGACAUUUCGCGACGCCCCCACUGGUUUCCCAGUGAGGAACGAGCGCAGAAAUUCCGUACGGAUGACGCUUCACCACUCAGAUCUAAGUAGUGCCUCUUAUUGGUUGAAGCAAGUUUUCCACCAGUCAGAACAGCUACCCAGGUCUAGGCUGUGCCGGCUCGAUCUUAUCUCAGGCUAGUACUCUACUAUCGAGCUUAUUCCACUGGCCUUCACUAUGUUAACCGAUGUUGUUUAUGCUUUCUAAAUUAACCGCAUUCAGGUCGCCCUGUGAGAGCAAAGGAGACCGGUCUGACGGAAGAAGAGCUAACUGACGAGAUUGUCACCUCUUCGGGCCAAAAGAUUUAUCGCUGUAAAAAGUGUGAUAAAGAAUUUUCCUUCUCCAGCCGGCUGAAACGUCAUCUUUUGGUCCACACGGGAGCGAGACCCUUUGAGUGUCACGUGUGCUCCCGCCGUUUCACACAGGCCGUAGACUUGAAACGUCAUAUGCUACGUCAUAGCGGCCAAAAGCCACACGUGUGUCACUUCUGUGGCAAGCAGUACACUAGAGGAGAUCGGCUAAAAGUACAUCUUUUGUCGCACACUCAGGAAGACAACUCCGAGAAACCUUACAGCUGUUCACGAUGUAGCGCGUCCUUCUUUGAAGCGGAACAACUGAGACUACACGUAUGUGAACUCCAAGACGGCGGCCAACAUAUUAUGGCAAAAGGUAAAAAUGGUAUUGAAUUUUAGAGACAGCAGAGAAGAAUAUAGGCUCUAUCACCAGCCGUUGUUCGGAAAAUGAGCCCGCGCUCCUUCCUAGAACGGGAGGACCGAAAGAGCGGUCGGAAUCGAGGGAUGUUACUAAAACAAGAAACGGGGAGCGGGAGAUCAGUACGGGGAAAGGAAAAAUGAAAAAUGGGAAGAAUCGAAAGCAGAGAGUUGGAAAUGAAGUUACUGAUAGGGUUUGGGUGCCAGUUAAACUUUGUUCCUCUUUUCUUCUUCCCGUUGCCUUGCUCGCUCCCCGUUCCUCGUUCCUCGUUCCUUGUUUUAGUAGCAUCCGGAAAUCGAGCCUAAAAAGAAUAUAGUAUUUGGCAGAAAAAUUCCAGAGUCAUACCACUCACCAGAGACGUCACUACACUCGUCACAGUCAAUUGCAUUAGGCAUUUUUCUCGCUAAUGUUGAAAUCCGGGUAGAUACGCGUUUCCUAGAAAUAAUAUUGUUUGGUGUUCUUUUUGUAGGCGAUGCGACCGAAGGCGCCGAGCGAUCUGAGCGGCAAGGCAAAACCUACACUUGUGAUGAGUGUAAUGCGAUCUUCACCAAGUACACUUCGCUUAAGUCUCACCUUCUGAAACACUCUGGCGAGAAGAAGUACAAAUGCGACCAUUGCACUAAAACGUUUUUCAGCUCUAGCAGUCUUAAAAUACACGUUCGAGUUCACACCGGGGAUCGCCCGUUCAAAUGCAAGGAAUGCCCGAGAAAGUUUAGCGACCCGUCGAAUUUUAACAAGCACAAACGCUGGCAUGCUAAGCAAAAAGCGUCGAACGCGGGGUCGACCACGCUGUCCAGCAUCUCCGAAAACAGCUCUUCGCCCGAGAACAAGGAAAAGGAAGUGACAGAAGCAGAACAGAGCAGCUCAGGGGUGGCUGAAGAUGAAGCUGUGAUUGGAGAAGGCAAUGAAGCGGAAGUGGAGCAACCGGAUGUAGAAGGAGGUGCGAAGGAUGACUUGAAGGAAGAUUUGUUUCCAGAAGCGGGUCAAGACAUGGAGGUAGAAGAGUCAGGCGGGUUCAAGUCACCGGAAGCCUUGCUCAAUAUGGAAGGCACAGUUAAACAAGAGGUAGAAACUGAUUAG